AUGGCGCCUCCCCGCUCUGUGUCGCCCUUUGCAUCUCCGCGGCCGCUGCGUUCCCCGAGAACUGCGACUCCCAAGGUCAUCAAGCGCAACAUCUCGCUCUGCGAUCUUGCGGAUGAUGGACCGGCCCAGUUGGACUCCCUGGAUGAAAACAGGGCGCAGGUUGGGAAAGAGGCUCGGUCGCUUCUGAAAGAUGCACAGGAGGCAUGCGAUGAAGAGGCGUUUCAGGCAGCUGAAAGGGCGGCUCAAGACGCGCUUCAAAUGUUCAGAGAAAUCGGAGAUAGGAGUGGCGUGGCACGAGCGCUACGGUGCAUCGUGUCUGCCUACCAGGGCCGCGACGAGUUGGAUGCGGCUUACAACCGGGCCUCCGAGGAGCUGGAGAGGUGUCGGGCAAAUGGCAACAAGUUAGGGGAGGCCGCAAUGAUGAUGUCCUUGGUGGACCUGAAGCUGCUGCAGGCAGUCCGACCGAAGGAGGUCAUUUCCCUUGCAAAGACUGCCCUUGCCAUGGUGCAGCAGCUCAAGGACCGUGCCUGGGAGGCCGAAGGGCUGGUCACCUUGGCGCGGAGCUACGAGAACACGCAGAAAGGUGAGAACAUGUUACGGGCCGCGCGAGCUGCAGUAGAGGCAUUCAAGCAAGUCGGGGACCGGAAAGGAGAAGCCAAGGCGCUGUCUGAGUCCCCGACCCCAACUACCACGGGCAACAGAUUUCAGAGAGUUGCAUGGCAUCAUAUGGUUGGUUGCGGUGCGGAUCAGGCGCUGCAUUAUCUAGCCGCGGCGGCGAGCCUCAACAAUGAGGUGAUGGAGGUGGCCGGAGUCAUCGAAUUACUUUCGAAGUACUGA